ACGUGGCACUCUCUAUACACGUGUCGACUUUUGGCAUGGCCAACUAUCUCUGUUCUAACACCUUAUAACACACCACCUUCCUCCAUACUGAACAGCAUCUCAGAUAUUAUUAUAUCUCAUAUUACCGACAAAAGUUUGCAAAAAAAAAAAGGAAGAAAAAAUCAAAGGUGGUAAAAAUGGCGGCCAUGGCUAUAACCAAAACUGCAAUGCUAAACCUUUCAAAUUCAUUUUCCCAGAAAUACCCCUCCAUCCAUCUUCACCACAAGCUCUCUAGGGUUUCCUUCGCUUCCGCUUCCAGAUUUCCCGAGGGACGAACGGCGGAAGAUGACCGGAGAAGAGAGAAGAGUCCGUACAACGCCGUCGAAUCGGUGGACAAAGCAAAAGACAAGUUCCAAGAAAUGAAGGGCAAAGCUACGGAGUACACCGAUCAAAUGAAGGACAAGGCGGGCGGCGCCGCCGCGGAGGUCGGUGACAAAGCUACAGAAGCGAAAGAUGCGGCGGCCGGAAAGGUUGAAGAAGCUAAGGACGGUUUGGGCGACGCCGCCCGAGGUGCAAAAGAGAAUGUGACGGAGAAAGCAAACGAGAUGAACGAGAAGACAAAGGAGAAUUUGGGCUCCAUGGCCGACAAGGCCUACGAGAUGAAAGAGAAAACGAUGGAGUCCGCCGGAAACAUUGCCGACAAGAGAAAAGAGCAGGCCGUGGACGCCGCCGGAGCCGCCGGGCAGAAGAUGAAGGAGGUGGCGCGCGACGCGGAGGAGACGACGAAGGGUGUGGCGGGGAAGGUGGCGGAGACGGCGGAGAGCAUUACGGAGAAGGCGAAGCAGACCGUGCAGGGCGCGUGGGAGGCGGCGAAGGACACUACCGAGAAGAUCGGUGAGGAAAUCGGAGGAGGAUGAUGUGGAGGAUCACGUGAAGAAGCGGGAGUUGAUUGGGAGAAGGUUAUAGAGGGUAAACAACAUAACCCACUGUGUUAAUGGAACCUGCGUCAAAUCCCCUGUAUUGUAUUUUUUUCCUUGGGUAAAAUUCCAUGUGUAUUAUUUUGCUUUGCGCAAAUUUCUCUUUAUUGUGUAAAAUUCCCUUAUGUAUUGUUUUACUUUGCGCGAAAUUCUGUUAAAAUUUAACAUCAUUAACUAUAGAGGGAAUUUUAUAUAA